AUGAACAACCGACAACAAGCAAACACAGCUAACACUCCAAGACCACCAGUAGGAAAUUACGCUAGAGUUGCAAAAGCUGCUGCGCAGCCAAAAUCAAAAACCGUACCGCAAUCACAGCUGCAACAAACGCAGCCUCAAAGACAAACGCAGCAUCCGACGCAAAAUAACAAUACUCAACAGCAACAAACUGCUGCUGCCGCGGGACAUUUGUCAAAUCAUGGCUCAUCCCUAAACGGAAAGUACAAUUCUCGACUGGCUCUCCUUUCUCCACAAACACAAAUG